UUUUGGACAAUUCUGACAACUUAAUAGACGCAAUUGCUUUUACGUCAGACAGCGAUUGCAUGCAUCAUUUUAUUUUUGAAUUUUCAACAAAAAUCACGCGUUCUAUUAAUCAAAUAUGCCGUCAAAAUGAACUCGUACGAGCUGGACGAUAAUAAAUAGUAAUACCAAAGAUGAACAACCCUUCGUCUUGGAGCUUUAAAAAUAUAACCUAGUCAUGGAUUAUUUAGGUGAAAUAAUAGCUCUUGGAAUUGACAGUGUCAUUUUCGGUGUCUGUUUGAAACAAUACUUUCAUUGCAAAAAUGCAAUUACAGCUGUCAAGGGUGCAGAGUUUCAUGAAGUUGGUCCACAAUUGGAGGACCUUGUUAACAAUACCUCUGAUAAUAAGAUAGGCUAUAUAGCUAUUAGAGGCACUGUAAAACCUUUAGGAAAACCAUUAAACAGCAUCAAUAACAGAAAGUUAACUGGUGUGGUACAAAAGCUUAAAAUCAAAGAACAUGUUAUAGCUAGAACUACUGCUGGUUUCUGGUCAGAUCAGGAACGCACUAUUCAUAAAGUGUACAAUACUGUACCAUUUGCUUUACAAGGACAAGGACAAGCUGUAGAAAUAUUGGAACCAUUAUCAGCAGAUAUCUUAGAUCUGGAUAUGGUAUCUAACACUUUUGAACCAACUGUACCAUCCUUUGCAGAUCACUUAUGGGGUUUUUUCACUGGUGUACGUCAACGCGGCUUGCAAUCUACCGAAGAGUUACUCCGUGAGGGUGCAGUAAUCACAGGGAUAGGUGAACUGUCAAGAACAAAAUCUAAGAUCCUUGCAUUACAACCGCCAUUAAAUGGUACACCAUUUUAUUUGACAAGCAUGUCAAUUAGCUCCUUAUUUCGAAAAUUGAACGAACGUAAAAAAACAUACAGGUUAUUAUGUAUAAUGUUUGGUGCAAUCGGAAUGCUGAUCGGUGGUAUAGUUCUUCGACGUUAUUGGAAAGACAGGACAGAACAGAGAAUGGCGGAAGAACUUAGACAAUCUCUAGCAGAAUCUCGGAAAGAGAGACGGCAAAGAGUAAGAGACACUGAUCUUAGAGAUGAUCAGUUGUGCAUCAUUUGCCGCACGAAUCCUCGCGAAAUUAUUCUUCUUCCAUGUGGGCAUGUCUGUUUAUGCGAAGACUGUGCAGAUGAUAUUACUACCAAUUGUCCAAUGUGUAGAACGCCUAUUGAACAAAAAGCUGCCGCAUAUAUCAUCUAACAUUGAUUAGGUAUGACUUUCUUGAAAUACAUUGUUGAUUAAUAUUGAUGCCUAAUAGAAAUAAAUACCUCUGAGAUUGAGAAAGAGAAUACAUAUGACGUGAACAGAAUAAAACAUCGCGAUGUACGCUUAAGGAAUAAAAUAAUUGUUGCAGCAGGUUCAAAAUCAAUGCAAAUGAAACUAUCAACUCAUAAAUUAAUAAAUUUCUUUUAAUAAUGUGUGCCAAGA